CACAGAUUAAGGUUGUAUGCAAUGUUUCGUUCUGUUUCUGCUGUCGUCCUCAGGCAAAGAAUGAUAAUUAUAGUGUAGGCUGCUUCUUCUAUUAAAGUGCCUCUCCAGAGUGUACAUAGUUUUAACCCUGGUGGUUGUAUGUUUAGGAGCUCUGAUAUUGUUCAUAGAUUUUCAAACAAAGAAGGUAGACAACUCCAUCCAAUUUUCCCUUGCAGCGAAGAUGUAUUUUUUCAAAAAGCUUCUGACCUUAUUUGGAAGAUAUCGUCAAAAUAAACUGGUGCAAAAUUCUAAAAAUGUUAUGAAGAUUCAAGAGAAAUUUUUAUUUGAUCAAUUGGCACUGAAUGCUGAGACAGAGUAUGGGAAAAAAUAUAACUUUUCUAAAGUGAACAGUGUAGCGGAUUUUAAAUCGUACCAUCCCUUGACGCGAUAUGAUCAUUAUAAACCAUACGUGGAGCGAAUGAUGAAAGGGGAGACAAAAAUAAUGACAUCAAACCAGCCCGUGAUAUUUGCCGUGACGUCAGGAACGUCUGGCAACAGCAACAUCAUACCAAUGGUGAAAAGACAGCAGGCGCUAUUUUUCCUCGAUGGCAUCUCACUUCUGUUUCAUCUUAUGACAGAAUUUUUUCCAAAGUCAAACAGAUUCCAAAAACAUCUGAAAUUUUUCUAUGAUCCUAUUAAAUGGAGGGAGUCGGAUUCUGGAAUAAAAAUUGGACCGAAUUCAUCCUCACCGUCCAACUCUAAAAGUGUUCUAUUCAUGUACACAACACCGAUUCCAGCCUACAAGGUCUUGAACGAACCUGAGGCGUUGUAUCUUCAUCUAUUAUUCGGGUUGAAAGAACGCAAUUUAGGAAUGAUCGAAGCAAACUUUUCAUCCAUUGUUUAUAACUCAUUUGUGUCGUUAGAAAAUCAUUGGGAUGACCUUGUGAAUGACAUUGAAAAAGAAUUGACUGCGGUACUGAAACCAGAUCCUCAACGUGCUGCGGAACUGAAGGAAGCGAAGAAAGACGGACCGACAGGAUUAAUGAAAAGAAUCUGGCCAGAGUGUAACUUAGUAAUAGGAGCAGAUUCAGGAUCGUUUGAACUUUACGCGACAAAAUUACGAGAAACGUAUUUAAAGGGGAUUCCGUUGUAUUCCCCAAUCUACGCAGCUACAGAGGGUUUGUUAGGGAUCAAUAUCUGGCCGAGGGAAUACCCUAGUAAAUAUAUGUUGAUCCCCACGGUACAGUUCUACGAGUUUAUUCCAAUAGCAGAUUGUGAUCUGGAUCAACCAGAUACUCUUUUAAUGAAUCAGGUAAAAGAAGGAGAGAGCUAUGAGUUAGUCAUCACCAAUCCAACAUGUUUAUAUCGGUAUAGAUUUGGUGAUGUUGUUAGAGUUAAACAGUUCUAUAACCAGUGUCCUGUUAUCGAGUUCUUAUAUAGACAAGGUCAGUUUUUGAGUGUAAGAGGGGAGAAGACAUCGGAAGCUGUAUUUUAUAAAGUAUUGAAUGAAACUCUAGAGAGUUCACAAGGUUUAGAUCUGGUUGAUUACUGCUGUUGUGAGAGUAUCUUAGUCUCAGAUCAACUGAACAUACAUACUUCAGUUGACACCUCUCCUAGUCCAUGUUAUCAUGUUUUUAUCGAGUUUAAAUCUGAUGAAUCAAUAAAUGAACAACGAUGUCAACAACUGGCUAAACAGCUGGAUGAUAAUUUAUGUGCAAUAUCUUAUGUGUAUUCAUCGUUUCGCAAGAAAGGCAGCAUUGGACCAAUCAGAAUCCACUGUGUUCAAGAUGGCAGUUUCCACAGGCUACGUAAUUUCUCCCUAGAAACCACCUCAGCUUCGUUCAAUCAGUAUAAAGUGCCUCGUGUCUUGAAAAACAAAGAUUCUGUAGAAUUUAUAACUAAACUUAUUCAAUAGACGGUUGUGUAUCAGAUUAUGAUCUCCAAAAUCUUUAACUACUUAAUGAUGAAAUUUCAACAGCAAAUUAGGAUCAGAGAAGUACCCAAAUGUAUCAGGAAGAGGUGCACAUUAUUUACUUUGAUAAGAGUGUUUCAGAUUCACUAGAGGGUAAAAAUUGAAUAGUAACACUGUAUAUAAAUGAGAAAUGUGUGUGAAUAGAUUGUUUCAUGUCCAAUGUGUCUUAUACACCAACAUAAAGUAUUUUCUUUACAACUUAAUUGUUCAGGAUACAUCUCAUUUGGACAGGCAAUGCCACUUGGUGUGCAAUGAGGAAAGUUUUGCAAAGAAGGCAGCAAGAGCUGUCCAGUUCAUGAUCUAUAAAUAUGCCAGCUUGCUCCACACGGAGGUUAAUGUUUAAUUCAGGAGUCUGGAAGCUUCUAUGUAUGUCAGUGGCUCCAGUUGCAUUACAAGGUCAUUAUUUACAAAAAGUUGUAUUAUUGUUUGUUUAUUGGUUUAUAGAAACACAAGACAUCACCUAACUCGGAAUUUAUUCCAGAAAAAAAUGAAAUGGAG